GUCCGCUUUGCCCCAAUUGGCCGAACCUAACCUCCAAUUCUCAAGCCGCACUGACACGAGGCUUGAGCCUUUUCUCUGUCGAGCACGUUCGUGUUCUAGCCGCAUCCUGGUAAGGAACCAACGGGGCAGGACGUUUCUCGGGGAAGAUGAGUCUUGGCAAGAUGUUGACGACGAACGCGAAGAUAAUCAAGAGCAGCGGGGCUGAACCCGAUCAAUUCGAGGUUAGCGUUUCCCAAGCCCUUCUCGAGCUGGAGAUGAACAGCGACCUGAAGUCGCAGUUAAGGGAACUCUACAUCACUAAGGCGAAGGAGAUUGAAACGAAUAAUAAGAAGUCGAUUAUUAUAUAUGUACCAAUGCCGAAGCUGAAAGCAUUCCAGAAAAUUCAGACACGGCUGGUACGCGAACUGGAGAAGAAAUUCUCUGGAAAGCAUGUGAUGUUCAUCGGCGAGCGUAAAAUCUUACCCAAGCCAACGAGAAAGACGCGUACCAAGAACAAGCAGAAGCGUCCUAGGAGCCGCACACUGACGUCUGUUUACGACGCGAUACUGGAGGAUUUAGUGUAUCCAGUGGAGAUUGUUGGCAAGCGUAUUAGAGUCAAGCUCGAUGGGUCGCAGCUUAUUAAAGUUCAUCUCGAUAAAAACGAGCAAACGAAUAUCGAGCACAAGGUCGACACCUUUGCGUCAGUAUACAAACAGCUGACUGGACGGGACGUCACGUUCGAGUUUCCCGAAUCUUAUGUAUGAUAAAAGUAAGAAAAAUAAAAAUAUUUUAAUCUAAA